AUGGACAAGAGUGUCCCGCGAACCUGCAGGACGUCACCUCUACCCAGCAGGCAGCCUGGACCCCCCAGGACCCGGGUCAAAACCGGUUGCCGAACAUGCAAAAUAAGACGCGUCAAGUGUGACGAGGGGAGGCCGGCAUGCCACCGAUGCGUGUCUACCGGCCGCGUGUGCGAUGGCUACGGCAUCUGGGGCGGCGGCGGAAACGCCUACAGCAGCAUGGAAAGAAGGCAGACACCAGCCAAAUUCCCGCAGAAGAUGCCCAUGGAUGUGCAUGCGCGUCAGUGCUUGCUAUGGAGUAAAUCUCCGGUUGUUAUCCCGGGCAUGGGCCCGCAGGAACAGACAGCCUUGGACUAUUUCCGGACACGCAUGGUGUACAAGCUUCCAGGCGUCUUCGCGUCCGAGUUCUGGGCGUCGACUGUCUUCCAGGCCAGUUUCGCAGAACCAGCCGUUUUCCACGCCGUAAUCGCUCUUGGUGCUAUUCACAGGAACGAAUGGAACAUGGCCGCCAACCUCGAAAAUGGGAGGCGCGUGCAGUCGAACGAGAGCUUGGCCCUGCUCCACUACAACAAGGCCAUUCGAUGCCUGCUUGGGUUCGGCAAGAGCCGAGACAAACAGUCGCUACGGCCCGUUUUGGUCGCCUGCGUGGUCUUCAUUUGUCUCGAGCUGCUUAGGUGCAGGUACCGGACCGCCCAAGCGCACCUCCAAAGCGGCCUCAAGUUGCUCAGCGACAUGCAGAACCAUCCCAGACGGACAGGUCGGGCCGAAGGGAAGUGUAAUGACGGUGAGGACAGUUUCGUCGCGCCGCCCCAACGCGCCUCGGUUGACGACCAGCUAAUCGAGGCCCUCGCUCGACUCCACAUCCACUCCGCCCUCUUCUGCCCAGGGCCUGGAUACCUCCAGGACACUGUUCCUGGCUACAGAUCAUCAGCAGUUCAUGCCAUGCCUCGAAUCUUCCAAACCGUGGGCGCCGCAAGGCAACACCUCGACCAGUUGAUCGACGGGGUGUCAUUCCUCUCGGCGCAGAUCAGGUCCAACGAAAUGCGUUGUCCCAUCCCGGAGGACGUCGUCCGGCAGAAGGAACUGCUGCAAGCCUCGCUGGCCCGCUGGCUAUGCACCUACACCACCAGCCUCCCAUCCCUGGCCUCGAGCGGCAACACCAAGACAAGCCUGAGUCUCCUCCUACUCCGCCUCUACCACACCAUGGCCUCCAUCAUGGCAUCCACCUGCCUCCGCCUCACCGACGAGACCGUCUUCGACCUCCGCACCCAGGGCUUCAGCAACAUGCUCGCGCAGGCGGUCGAGCUCUUCCGCCAGUGGACCCAACUCACGAGCGCGCCGCCAGGCAACAAUCGACAACAAACACCGAACUUGAGCUUCACGCUGGACAUGGGCCACGUCCCCCCGCUCUACUAUGUCGCGCUCAAGUGCCGCGAGCCGCGGCUCCGCCGCCGGGCCAUCGAGCUGCUCAUGUCAAUGCCACACAAGGAGGGCGUCUGGGAUGGGGAAGUGGCUGCGUAUGUGGCGCGGCAGGUCAUGGAGAUGGAAGAGGGAGGGGAGAGCUAUGACAACGGAUAUGCAGAGGUGGAACCGGCCAGCGUCCUGUCGGUGGUGCCGGAAUGGGGUGGGGGAGGAGUCGACGUUGAUAUGUGA